CUAUUAAAAAAAUAGAAAAAAAAAAAAAGAAAAAAAGAAAGAUAGAUAAGUGAUUAUUAGCAGAGUGUAUCAGUCAGUGGUUUAUCCAAUGGAGAAGGCAACAACCAGCGUAUUGUGGCAGAUGAACAGCACUCGUCUUCUUCUUCCUUCCACUUGCUGCUGCUCAUCUUUUCAAUCUUCAUCAAUUCUCAACUUCCCAAUUCCAACCUCUGUUCCCUUCCAAUUCCGACGCAGGUUAACAAACUCUUCCAUCAAUUCUUCAUCAUCACCAGACGCCAUUUUUCCUAUUCCAUCUUCAGUGACUAAGGUUGCUGCCGCGGAUUUAUCUCUUGCAGUGAAGAAGAAAGCGGCUGAGGUAUCCUCUGAACUGAAAGGGUCCUCCAUAUUUUUGGUUGGUAUGAAAAGUUCUCUUAAAACCAAUCUGGGAAAACUGCUGGCUGAUGUAUUGAGAUAUUAUUAUUUUGACAGCGAUAGUUUGGUGGAAGAAGCUUUAGGUGGUGCUUCAGUUGCAAAAUCCUUGAAAGAGAGUGAUGAAACGAGCUUCUAUGAGUCUGAGACUGAAGUACUUAAGCAAUUGUCGUCCAUGGGUCGACUGGUAGUUUGUGCCGGAAAUGAUGCUGUUCAAAACAAAACUAAUCUGGCACUCGUGAGACAUGGAAUUUCCUUGUGGAUAGAUUUGCCUUUAGACACUGUGGCUAGGGAUGUAACUGAAGACCAGAGUCCAUUUCCUUCAUCUGAUAUAUCUACUUCAGGAUCUUACCCAGAGGUAAUGGAUGAACUGGCCGCUCUAUACAAUAAGUACAAAGAUGGAUAUGCUACAGCUGAUGCAAUUAUUUCACUUCAAAAAGUAGCUACUCGGUUGGGUUAUGAAAACUUAGAUGACGUUACAACAGAAGACGUGGCUUUAGAGGUUCUUGGGGAGGUUGAGAAGUUGACCAGAGUAAAGAAGAUGAUGGAAGAAGCUGCAAGACCAUUUUAACCAACCCGGGGCAUGCUUCCAUAUUAUGAAUGAUUCUUAAAAUUCUAAAAAUAUUUUGGAAUUUGUUUAGAUUUUAUCUUGUUUAUUUGGAUAAUGAUACUAGUUUAAUUUCUAAGAAAAUAAAAGUACUCCUUCAUGUAUCUCUAAUAUACCUGUUUACAAUUACACAUACUCUUGGUCACCGUAAUUAAUUGAUUUCUAAGAGUGUGUUUAAGAGAGA